AUGAACUCCAGUGAUCCAGGGUCCAAUGCCACCUUUUCCUCCCACACAGCACCCUUCACCCUCUCCAGCCUCACUGCCAGCCCCUCUCCUUCGAUCCCGCUGCCUCCAUCCCAAACUUCAGACACCCACGACCCAGAAUUCACCAUCAUGGUGGUACUGGGCCUGUCGCUGCUGCUGGCGGGGCUCGCGGCCUUCCUGGCGGUCUGCCGGCCCUCUGGACAGGAGGGGGACUCUGGGAGGGGCUGUGGCCCUGGAGACAGCUUGGCCCACGGGGGCUCUCAGUCCAGCGAGCCCCAGCUGAAGGUGUGGAAGAGGCUGGGCUCCUACCGGCGUUCGUACAACAUCUCCUUCAGACGGCCCGCCCCCCGCAGGCCGCACGAGCGUGAGCACACACACACAUCGCAGUCUCCGGCCAGACAGACGCUGCAGCCUGAGGCGGCCAACGUGGAGGCACAGCUCACCGUGCCGUGUCUAUUUGACUACGUUACUGAGAUCUGA